GCAUGCUACCCAAGUCGGUUGUUGAACAGCUCCGGUUAGGCCACUCGAUCGCCCCUGAGGCUUUUGAACAGUGUACUAUCUACUUCAGCGAUAUUGUUGGAUUUACGUCAUUAUCUGCAAAAUCAACCCCGCUUGAGAGCAUUUUGUGUUGCUUUCCCUUUCUACAGGUGGUGGGUCUUUUGAACAAACUGUACACAGAAUUCGAUGAGGUAAUUGACCGGUACGAUGUAUACAAAGUGGAAACGAUAGGGGAUGCAUACAUGGUUGCCUCUGGCGUCCCAAGAAGAAACGGUUGUCGCCACGCCACUGCCAUCACGGAUAUGUCCCUAGAUCUGGUGAACGUGUCACGUAAUUUUGUUAUCCCACACAUGCCCCAGGAGCCACUAAAAAUUCGCGUUGGAAUUCACUCGG